GCUCACUCCUCGCCGUCGAGUGGACCUCCGGCCAUGGCGACGUGCUGCUGCUGUUCUGCGCCGCAUCGCCCAUCUGCUUUCCUUGGAUCACCGCUUCGCCAUCCCGGGAAUCCAUUGUGCAGAAAAGGUUCUUUAGUUAUGGUUUCUACAUUUAAGGUUACUGCACUUUUUUGGGGGCCUAGGAGGAUUAAGGAGCCACGUGAAUUGAAUCCUUCCUUAGGAGCGUACAAACUGUUAAAAUCAUCAUCGGAGGGUGUAUCUGUGGAUGAUAAGACUCCACGGGAGAUAUCCUUGUCGGUUGUCUCAUCAAUUUCAGAUAUUUCUUCGAAUGAUUGGGAUGCUUGUGCCACUGAUGCAACUAGUCCUGAAAAGUUUAAUCCUUUCAUCAGUCAUGCCUUCCUCUCAAGCUUAGAGGAGUCACGUUCUGCUAUAAAGGAAACAGGAUGGUUGCCUCAGCAUAUUGUUGCUCAAGAUGAAUAUAAAAAUGUAAUAGGUGUUGUUCCACUUUAUCUUAAAAGUCACUCUUAUGGAGAGUAUGUGUUCGAUCACUCCUGGGCUGAUGCUUACUACAGAUAUGGAUCUCAAUAUUAUCCAAAGCUGCAAUCAUGUGUACCUUUUACUCCCGUAACAGGUCAUAGAAUACUAGUUCGUAACACUUGGUAUACAGAUCAGGUGUUUGACAUGUUAGUCAUGGCCCUGAAGGACUUGACUACCAAGCUCCAGAUCUCAUCGUUACAUAUCACUUUUCCAUCUGAAAAUGAAUGGCACAAGUUGAAGCAAAGUGGCUUUUUGCCAAGGAUAGGAAUACAAUAUCAUUGGAAAAACCGCAAUUAUAAAAAUUUUGAUGACUUCUUGAUGGAUAUGAAGCAAAGCAAACGAAAAAAUAUCCGACAAGAGCGGAAAAAGGUCCUUACACACAAUUUGAAGAUGAAGCGUCUUUUUGGGGAUGAGAUAAAGGCCAAGCAUUGGGACUCUUUCUAUAAGUUCUACAGGAACACAACUGAUAAUAAAUGGGGUAGUGCUUAUCUCACAAGGGACUUCUUUCACAUCCUGGGAUCAAAGAUGGGUGAUCAUAUACUGUUAAUUGCUGCUGAAGAUGAGGGUGAACUUGUUGCUGGGGCUCUUAACCUUAUUGGUGGUGAUACAUUGUUUGGUCGCUUAUGGGGUUGUCUACCACAUGUUUAUUUUCCAAAUUUGCAUUUUGAGGCCUGCUACUACCAGGCAAUUGAAGCUGCCAUUGACUUGAAUUUGACCAAGGUAGAGGCUGGAGCUCAAGGAGAGCAUAAGAUUCAGCGUGGUUAUCUUCCCGUCACAACAUUCAGCUGCCACUACAUUCUGGAUGAUGAUUUCAGAAAAGUUAUAGACAAUUUUCUUGUGUAUGAAACUGAGCAGGUUAAGCAUGUCAUGCAGUUGCUUCAUGAAUCUGGGCCCUUCAAAGAAGGAAUCAUAUAAAUAACUGUAUCUUCUUUCUGUAUUAAUCUUUAGAAAUCAGUGACGAACAAAUUGACUCACUGUGAUAUGUAUAUACUUAUUCCUCUAGAAUCAACCAAAUGGUUCAGGUUUCUUUAUAAUUCAAAGAAGAAUUGGGAAGAAGGCCAGCCUGGUUAUUCCAAAAAGAAGAUUCCCUGUAGCUGUGUGCAAAGUCCUACUUUUGUAUUUUAUUUGUCAAGGAGAAUAACUUGGAUGAUUCCUUUGAUAAGAUUUAUAUGAUAAAAUAGUCACACUGCUCUUUAAUAGAA